AUGUUACAUCAACAAUAAGACUCCUGCGCCCAUGCGGCUGUCAACGGGACUCGCGUUGGGGAGCGGAUGGCAGCAGCAUGCGGUCGCGCUACUCGCGCUGCUGCUGCUCGCGGCGAGCGCUGUCGCCCCUGCGUCGGCGGCCCCAAACCCUAAAGCUGCAGAGCUGGAAGCAGCCAUCAACGCGGACUACAAAUUCAGCCGGACAAACUGGGACAGUGCCGUGCUCAACGACACGCUGUCCAACCCCUACCUGGAGUCCAUACACUGGAGCGCCCGCCCGCCCCGCUUCCAGUUCACGGUGUUCACGCAGCUCACUCUCAACCGGCUGCCCACACUGUUCAACAUGUGCAGCUCCUACACCGGGCCGCUCAGUGCGGCGGUGUUCCUGGCGGUGGUGCAGCCGCUGGACGCGCGGGGCCGGGGGUCUGAGGCGCUGAGUGAGGCCAGCCGGGGCAAGGUGGAGGCGGCGGCGGCGGAGGUGGCGGAGUUUCACACCAAGGUGGAGGCGGACCCGGCCAUCUGCCAACUGGACAUCAUGUUCUUCUACGAGGUGUACGACAGCGACCAGUCCAAGCUGCUGUACCCGGUGAACUACCUGAGGAACUACGCCCGAAUGCAGGUGCGCACCCGGCUGCUGGCCAUGGUGGAUGUGGACAUGUACCUGAGCGCCAGCCUCAGCGCCGAGAUGGAGGCGGAGGGCAGCAUACCCCGCUACGAGCGGCUGUGUGCGGAGCGGCGAGCCACUGUGCUGCCCGCCUUCGAGCCCACCAAGCCCGGAGCGCUGGGGCGCAUCAUGGUGACGUACAAGCGGUUUUACGAGCCCUGGUUCAUCACGUGCGAGGAGAUCAUGCCCUGGUACGACGUGGACUUCCGGGGCUACGGCAUGAACAAGAUCAUCCUCAUCGCCGCCCUCAACUACUACAACUACAGCUUCUGGAUCCACCCGGCCGCCUGGCUGGUCCACAACCCCCACACCGACACGGAGGUGCGCAAGGUGGUGGCUGAGGAGGCGAGCCAGGUCAACAAGCACCGCGCAGUGCUGCCAGCCAACGCCCUGUACCGCAAACUCACACAGCUGUUUGGCAAGGCCAAGCGCGGCAUGAUGCGUGGCAGCUACACGCCGCGCACCGACCCGCGCCAGAUGGCGGUGUACGACGUGGUGCGCUGGCUGCCGCGGCCGCCGCAGCUGGUGGGCAGCCCCACACCCGAGUCCGUGUUCACGUAGCCUGCAGGCGUGGAUGGGCGUGGGAUGGGCGUGGGAUGGGAGUGGGAUGGGACUUGGAUAAGACUUGGAUUGGACGUGGAUGGGACCUCACGAGGCGUAGGGUGGUUGGUAGGAGGGGCCCUACACACGAGAGGCCCGAAAAGGCGGGCACGCACACACGCAGGCAGUGUCGGGCCCUUUCUUGUGCGUUCUAGGACAGACAAACACAGGCACAGCUGGGCACGGGUGUGAGAUGCAUGGGGGUUUGGGUUGCAGUGCGUGCCUUCAUGGGAGCGGAGACGCGGCUGUGGAUGGGGUGAAGGGGUGGGGUUGUCAAUGCGCUUGCGCACAGAUGUGUGUGGCGCGUGUGUACGGCGUCUGUGGCGGCAAAGGACGACUCCGGCUAGUUAAGCACGAGCAUCAUGAUAUGGGUUGGCUCGGCGGGGGGUGUGGGGCAGCGGGUGGCAGGACCACACGUUAGAACCAUGAGUGGGUGGGCGAGCGAGCGAGCGAGGGGUUUUUGAAGAGCGGAGCAUUGCACGCAUGAUUUCAUUGGUGAGUGGUGUAACUGGGUGUUGUUUGUUUUGUUUUCACCAGAGCCAGUACCGUGAGCAACACGCGAAGGACGCGGGGGUGCGGGGCACACGACUUGUGACAGACCGGAGGUCUGAUGAGGCGCUGUAGCAGGGUUGCUGAUCAAAAGGCAUCUCAAGAUGUCGUCCAAGGUCCUGCUCUGGGAGAUAUAUCGUUGGGAA